UUCAACAGUAAUAUUUUUUUCUUUAUAGAGAAGCUGUGAACACAACAGACAUUUGUUAUGAAACAGUAAACAGUAUUAUUUCAGUUCCUAUAUUACACCCCAUAUUCAUUAUGAAAUCAGUUCCCUUUUCUAUACAUUAGUGGUUCUCCUUGGGUCAGUCUCACACUCACUCAGAGGUUACUGUUGAGAUAUUGCUCCUGUAAUAUGACUGCCUAUUGUAAGAUUGGAGGAUUAUUCAUCUACAUACUUUUCUUUCUUGUACAACAUGGACGCGGAGAGGAGUGCACACAGAUUAAAAAGCAUGGACAAUAUUCAUGUGAGGGACGGAAUCUCACCUACAUACCUACCAGUUUACCUUCCUCUGUGAAGAUUCUGGACUUUAGUUUUAACUUUUUGCCCACUUUGAAGAGGUCUGUAUUCCCUCAGCUGAAUGAUCUGCAACAUCUUGAUCUUACAAGAUGUCAUAUUCAUCUUAUUGCUGAUGAUGCUUUCCUCAAUAUGAAGAACCUCAUUACUCUAAUUCUCACUGGAAACCCUGUCUCAUAUUUCGGACCUGAUAGCCUGAAUGUGCUACAUAAAUUACACAGAUUAGUUUUGAUGGACUCUGGCCUGUACUCUUUAAAUGUCCGAUUUAACAAUCUCACCAAGCUUCAAGAACUAAACAUUGGAACUAACAACAUUCAGUCCAUGGCUCUUCCACCGUUCAUGAUACACUUUGAAGACUUUAACUUACUGGAUCUGCAUGCUAAUAACAUUUCUAUCUUAAAAGUAAAUGACACAAAUAUUCUUCAGCAGAUGAAAGGAAAUCUCACAUUGAUUCUCUCAAGGAACCCGAUAUUACACAUAGAACCAGGAGCAUUUCAAAACAUGUACCUCAGAGAGCUUAACAUUCGCAACGCCUUUGCUUCACUUGAUGCCCAAAGGGAUGGUCUAAAAGCCCUCAGUGGUCUUAAUGUUGGCAAACUUGUAAUUGGAAGCUACAGACUGGAUUACAGGUCAAAAACAUCUGAUGGUGAUCUUAACGGCCUCUGCCUGAUUAAUUUUGAAGAAAUUGAUUCUCUCCAUGCUGGUUGGUCAGCGUCUGAAUUACAGUGUAUUGUCAAUGCAACAAAAAUCUCUAUUGAAAGAGGAAAUGUCAGAGCAAUAGAAAAUGUUCCAUUUCAGCGAGUUAAAGAACUCCGCAUUGUUGCCAAUUACAUACCUGUAUCACUGGAACUUUCAAAUCUGGAAACAUUGGAAACAUUAGUGGCAAUUCAGACUCCAUAUAUACUUAUUAGAGGAAUCAGUGACAUGCCCAGGCUCCAGCAUAUAGAUCUAAGUAACUGUAAACUAGACACUCCUAGCAUUUUUAGAGGGCUCCCAAACAUUCACAGCCUUAACCUGAGUAACAGUGGAAGUAAGUACAUAAGUAAAAACAUGUUUAAUGGACUUUCUUCAUUAGAAGUUUUGGACUUUCACCUAACAACAUUGGGAGGAUUAACUGCAGAUUUUGAACCCUUUAAAAAGCUCCGGAAUUUAAAAUUUCUGGAUAUUUCUUAUACAGAAAUUAUUUUUUGGAGUGCCAUAAGCUUUGGUAGCUUAAACAGGUUAAAAGUACUAAAAAUGGCAGGCAGCCGUUUUCAAGGAGAUGCGCUGAGUUACUUAUUUGAAAAUCUCACGGCUGUUGAAUUAAUAGACAUCUCAAACUGUGACCUUGACAGCAUAGCCUGGAGAACAUUUAAAGGGCUUCCAAGAUUGCAGCAGUUACUGCUUAAUCAGAACAGAUUGAUGGUUUUGGAUUUUGUUACCCAUCCAAAUUUAAAAGACUUGAGUUUAUUAGAAGUUCACACAAAUAAUAUUGCUAGCAUCCCUCUUAAUAUCCUACAAAAUCUACCAAAAAAUCUCACUGUUCUUGAUUUGUCCUUUAAUCCUAUCGAUUGUUCCUGUUCUCAAAUAAAUUUUAUCUUAUGGAUCACUAGCCAUCAGCAAAUCUUCCCCCAGAAAAAUAACAUUUUAUGUAAAUCACAAUCACUGGAAUCAAGGCAUAAAACUAUUGACUUUGACGUUGAAAGCUGCGAACACAUCAGAAGACCUACUAUUGUUACGUCUAUAUGUGCUGUGGUUCUUCUGGUUCUUGCUUCUUUCUUGGCCUACAGGUUCCAGUUUUACCUGCGUUAUGGAUAUAUUCUCCUUAAAGGUUAUAGGACCUCCAGACAGCAAGAAUGGUCCUAUGAUGCGUUCGUGAUUUAUUCCAGUAAAGAUGAAUGCUGGGUAAUGGAUGAACUGGUGGAAAACUUGGAAAAUGGAAUUCCACCCAUACAUCUUUGCCUCCAUGUGCGAGACUUUGAAGCAGGCAAGGCCAUCACCUCCAACAUUAUAGACGAGGGCAUUAUGGGCAGUCGUAAAAUUAUAGUGGUCGUAUCUAAACACUUCACUGACAGCUCUUGGUGUAGAUUUGAGUUUGAAGUGGCCCAGUCCUGGCUAGUGACACAAGGCAAUCCCAACAUCAUCAUCAUCAUUUUGGAGGACGUUGAAGAAGAGAAGACAAAGAAAGUAUUUGGGCUUCACAAACACCUGAAAAAGAACACGUAUCUGAAGUGGAGCUCAAAUCCCAUAAAUAACAUGAGAUUCUGGAUUCGUCUCAGAAAAGCUGUUAUAACAUAAAAAAGUUUGUCUUUUACUUCCCUGUUUACAUUUAUCAGUGUUUCUUACAUUUUUCUGUAUUAAAAUAUUGUGUAAAUCA